CCGCGAUGAUGUAGGUAAUAGUCAGUGGUGUGGCCGCCUCGCGGGCCGUCGACAGUGUUGAAUUAACAGGUGUCUCGUUCUCUAUCAACAAGUUAUCAAAGCUUUAUCGGUGUUACUCAACUUUUAUCCGCUCCCCUAAUUUUAUACGUAUUUUUACUCCCACUUGUAUUUCAUUUCAUACAAAUAUAUAGCGCAUAUAUAAAAUAAAGUAUAUACUGUUUGUUCGUUUAAUAUUUUUUAUUUAACGUGACAAAUAACAUGAUGUCGGAAACGGUGGUGACUGUCCAAGAUGGUUCUACCAACAAUGCAAACAAUCCUCGUCAAGGACCGACCGUCAAAACGGAGCCUGGACAGCCGAGUCUCAUCGCUGGAAUCACCUUAAAUUUACCUUACUUCAAGACGAUUCCUGGAAUUAUAAAGCUCGUGCAGUUGGGUCUUGGUAUUAUUUGCAUGGCAUGCGCGUCUCCGGCGUAUAUUCCUGCGACGAGUUGGUUCUUAUUUGUUGCAACGACAUCCUUCUUAGCCACCCUCUUGUGGAUCUUCGUUUACCUCCUCUCCAUACGGGAGGCUCUAAAAAUCCGCAUCCAUUGGAUCUUAACGGAGCUGCUGAACACAGGAAUAAUAUCUAUUCUCUACGUCAUUGCCUUUAUAGUCCAAUUAGCUGUGUGGAGUUCUUAUAGCAAUAACCAUUAUGGCAUCAAGUCAUCGAAUAUUGCCGCUGGGGUGUUUGGAAUUUUCAAUACCAUAGCUUACGCUGCGGGAACGUACUUCCUCUAUGUCGAACACAAGAGCAAUAACUCACAGUGAGGAUAAAGUACCUGCUUAAUUUUAAAUCGUAUCAGCAUAAAAUAAUGUUACGCAGGAUAUUAUCCUGAUGUUUAAAUAAAAGCCAUCAGCUGCUACCAGGUCUUAAUGCUCCACAUCAACACGUGCAAAGUCCAUUUUUAAAUAAAUAUAUACAUAUAUUUAUAAAUCUACGUAAAUAAUAUUACAUAUUAAUAAUAAUAAUGAACAAACAAAUAUGAAAAUUAAAAAGCUUAAAGAUAAUUAUCAGUUAAUUAACUCAUACUUCCUCACACUAGAUUUUAUUGAAACAAUUAAAUCAAAAUCUUAAUUUUUUUUAUCGCUUUUAUUUUCUCAUAUUAUAUAUAUAAUAUAUAUUGUAUAUUUAUAAUGAUUUGUAAAACUAAAACUGUCAUAGGAUUUAUGAGUGCGACUGAUAAAGUACAAAGGGUUAAAUAUUUUCACCAACAAUUGCUGGUUAUUAGAGCAAUAAAUAAUUAUUAUUGAAUACUAGAGUUUUGAAUUUAUACGAAACUCGCCAGCAGUUUUAUUGAAUCAGUCACAAAUCUUGUACGGCAAAAAAAUGUCUUUAUAAAAAGCUUACGUAGUUAGUUAUA